GGCAGCACAUCACAACUCUCAGAGACUCCUCUUAACAUUCCGCUAUGUUUCUAGAAUGUUACCAUAGUAACUUCCUGAUCACCAGUUAUUUCAGAUAGCGUUAGAAGUGUAAAGGUUUGAUUUGUUUAGGGUGAACAAUACUGCCUGCAGUCAUGGGGAACUUAGGGAGCUUAGGGUGGAUUGUGGUGGAGAUUGCAUGCAGGAUUCUCGGCAUAUCGACAGCCACAGUGUUGUGUGCUGUGGGAGUGGAGACCCUGCAACAAGGAGACUUCAACAGCCUUGGCAUCUACCUACUAGUGUCCUCUUUUGGCAUCAUGAUCUUUGAACUGGCUUAUUUCAUCGAUUCACUUCUGCUCAUGUGCCUGCCUUGUCCUCCAGACUGGCAGCUCUUUAUGUUGUGGGGGAAGAUGGCCCACGUUGGAGGCUUUCAUAAGUUCCUCUACUAUGCCAUAAUGUCUGUGGUCUGUUUCCUGCACCCUGUGUUGGUGUGGCAUGCCAUUAUCCCAGGGACAAUGCUUCUUGCAACUGCAUUCUUCAACUUCAUACUCAGCAAGAAAACAAACACUAAAUGUCCCAUUAGACCAGAGGAGAGCUACAGUGACCAAGGCCUGACCGCGGUGUGCGUGACAGACGGACCAGGCCCGAACAAUGCGCUCUCCUUCUUCCACGUUUUGACAGGGAAAAGAGUUGCUGUGGCAACCAGGGACGGCUGCCACGUCCUGGCCGACAGACAAGGAGGGAGCUUCCAGGCCAUGCUGGAGCUGGAGCAGACGCCAAAAGAGAGGAGAAGGAAGGAGAGGAGGCCCAUGUGGAUGAGAGGCCGAGAGGAGGAGCGAGAGAUGGAGGAGAUAAGAGAGUUUGGGGAGUCAGAGCCAGAAACCACCUCAGACACUGCACCUAUGAUUACUGACUGAUGCUGUCUCUAAAGUAUCAUUUAUUGAUAACACACUUGAAGAAAAUGAUGAUUAUGUUCAUACUGAGCUGGUGCUAUGCUGCAACUACAAAUAAACGCACAAAACUAUGCUUUUCAACAAUGCCUGGUGAUAACAUGUGUAACAUGGUCAAUUAAGUCACUGUAAGUAUGUUAUGUAAAUGUGUUAUACAAGUAUAAUUACAUAAAAUAUAUGUUCAAGUUCAAACCUGAUGUGUUUGUAUUGUCAUGUCAUUAAUGUGGAAGGUCAAUAAUGUGCACCACUAGUGCUCUAAUUAGUGUGACACCUUUCAUUACUGUAUAAUUUUGGGCCACACCUUUGUACUUCCCUUUUGUUCGUGAUCUCCAUGUGAGAGGUAGGCGUCCGCAUGGUUCCAGAAAUUAGUGUUUUAGUUUAGAACUUUAUUUCUUAUCCUUUCUUGUCUUGUGUUGUAACCUUGUCAUUUGUGUGUUACUUCCAUCAGGUAUGCUAUUUUUGUCUCGCUUUUGUGUGUAAUGCCCUUUUUGUUCGUGAUCUCCAUGUGAGAGGGGCACCUUAUUCGGCCACAUUGUGACUGCAUCGU